UUAAUAAUAGGAAAAAAGAUGAAAUUAUUUUCUCUCAGCCACACCAUACCCUGUCUUCUAUGCCUCAUAGCUCUUAUCUCCUUACCAUCGCCCACUCGGGCUCAAAGCUGCUCCAUUGCGGACGAAAAGGUCCUCAAAAGAAGGAGAGUGCAAGGCAUAAGAGCCAAUAUUCUAGGCCAGCUAGGUCUCUCGGAGCCUCCUGUGGUCAAUCGGACCGCACCUGUUCCCAAGGAAAUCUUGGACAGCUUCAAUGCCCUCACGGCCGCUUCGGAAUCUCUCUCACAAGAGCGGAGCCACUCUUGUCAGUCGAACUCCAUAUAUGCGAGCCCUGUCUCUGCCUUCAUUGGAUCCAUCAAUGCAGAAGAGGUUGCUUCGACUGCAGCAAAGCGCUCAGCUCGUACAGGACGAGGCAAUGUCCUAGCUGAGUACAAGAUCACUUUUAACUUUGACCUCCCCAGCAAACUGGAUAACAUCAGAAGAGCAGAACUCCUUCUUUACCAGAUGCCGCCAUCUGUCCAGGAUCCCCACUACAGGCACAAGUCUUUGAAAGAGCAGUACGUGGAAAUAAAUGCAGUUUACGAAGCCCUGGAACUUGAUGUAACAGUCACAGGCAAAAUGGUCGAUCCAUUCAAGGAAGGGUUCGUAGCUUUCAAUAUCGAACUGGCAGCAAGGAACUGGAUUGAUCAAGGAGUGAGUGGGAAUGUCACACUAGUUGUGUCAGUUCAAUGCCUUAGCUCACCAACCUGUGCGCACGACAAUCACCCUCAUAUCCCGCCUGUCACAUUUGAGGAUUUUGACGCCGACAUGAAUGCCCCAAGGAUCAUCAUCACAUCGUUCAAUCCACUUGAGAGAACCCGGGCAAAGAGACAAGAACUCCCCGAAGGAUCUACCCCUCUCAACCUGUGCAAAGAAAACCAAGUCACGUGCUGCCUUAAACCACUUAACAUUAGCUUCGCUGAUGAUCUUGGUUUCGACUUUGUCACUAGUCCCGAGUUUUUCAAUGCCAAUUACUGUGACGGCAUUUGUCCGAUUAUUGACAACAUGACGCCGCGUCUGUACGAGUUUCUGUCCCUUCUUCAAGGACACCCUGCAGCUGCUAUUGAACCAUGUUGCGCCGGAAACGAGUUUGAAGAGAUACAGGUGCUAAUGGUUACAGAAGAAGGUAAAUAUGAGGUGGAGACAGUAAAAGAUGUACGAGUCACUUCGUGUAAAUGCGCCUAAGGUCCAAGAGGCUAUCAUCACAAAAACAUUUCUCCAAUAUAAAUAAUAUUAUAUAAAAUUGACAUUAAAAUUAUUAUUACUAGUCUUUACACCCAUGUCUUUACCCUCUUCCUCCCUUGCUCGUUUAUAAUAUUUAUUCGUUUCACUGUACAUGAUCUGCAAUCUUGUGUUUUCUUCAUUUUCUUUUCUCUCUCUCUUUCUUUUUUUUACUUUGAAAUGAA